CAUGCAGCGAAUGACGAACCAUUAACAUAAUUGACGUGGAAAAAGGCCGUUCACGAUGACCAAUCGGAUAUAAGGGGAUGUCAUUGACGGUGUGGAAACCUGUCACUCAAUAAUCUUGAUAAUAUUGGUGGUACAACAAAUGACACAAGGUAUGUAAGGAGCUGAAAUGGGCACACUAAUAGUUAUAACCAGCACAGUUUUGCUGCUGAACAUGCUCAGUAUACCAGUCGCUCCACAGCAAGCCAACCAACAGCAGCCUCAAGCCUUCCAGGUGCGGUUGCCAGACAGGCAGAGCAACACUGUUGAAGCAGCAGCAACAGGAAAUGAUGAAAAAAGUAUAGAAUAUCUAAAUUCUCUGCUGAAAAAACGUAAGACCAAAGUGAAUGUUGAUGACACGGGUGACAAACCAGUACUAAAAUCACGAGUGAAGCGGAAAAAGAAGAGGAGUAAAGUGCAAGAGGAUAGUAAAAUUCAAGUUAAUAAAAAUCAGGCUCCAGGAGAUCUCGGGAAAUCUCAGGAAUUUGUGCAGAAAGCCAAUGUAGUGCCUCAGAACAAUCAGAAUAUAGUUGCACCAGUAUUGGGUGGAGUCAACAAUAAUUCGGGAGGAGCCAAUAACAUUGUAGGUGGAGUUAAAAACAUUGUAGGAGGAGCUGAUAUUGGGGGCGGGGCUAAAAAUAACAUUGUUGGUGGUGUUAACAGUAUUGGGGGUGGGUCAAAUAAUAUUAUUGAAAACAAAAUCAAGUCAAAUUUACCUAGUGCUUUCAACAAUAAUAAUGAUAAUGAUGCUUUUGGAAGGGCUGAAAGCAAUAAUGUUGUGAACUCUCGAGUUAGAGUGAUGGAGAAUUUUGUGGCCCAAGACGGGGCCCAUCCUAAGGACAGUGUCCCAGUGUUACCAGGUAACGUUUUAAGACAUAGUAACCCAGAUAAAGAAAAAGCAGUAGAUGUGGUAGGAGGACCAAACAUGCUACAGAACCCUGCCCCACGGGCAGGAGACAUUCCAGUCAAUGCUCACAAUAACCUGGCCGAUUCUCCUGUUGGAAAUCAGGAUAUGCCGGAUCAGAAACCCAUUGAAGACCACAGUGACAAUCGUGAUGUUGCACAUGAUGAGGUCCAGGGUAACUCUGAUAAUGUUGUAGAAGCAAAGAACAACAUUAUACGUGACAACAAUAAUCAAAUCCAUGUGAAUGACCAAGGUGUUGGCAAUAUAGUCCAUAAUCAGGAGAAUAACUUCCAGGAUAGUAACAGGAAUUGGGAACCUGUGGUAAAUAACAACCCACCUGUACAGCAACAGCAAAUCAACAAUAAACCAAAGAAGCAGGACAGUCAGCGCAUCAUGUGGGACUGGAGUGACUUCCUCAUCAAUUAUGAACAGUAUGUCAUGCCGGAGCAAAAGGUGAGACGAGCACCUCAUGCAACAACAGGUGAACCUUGGCCACUGCCACAAUAUUAUAUAACAUCCCAAUCAAAACUCUUUCGACUGGAUCGUGAAAAGUUCCACUUCCGUAUCUCCAAAGAGACUUGUGACAUCAUUGAAAAAGCUGUGGAGCGAUACAAGGACUAUAUUUUGUAUGACAGCGUUCAGGACAUGUACGACAAUUUACAGCAUGCCCAAGGUUCAAGUCUAGAUGAUGUGUAUGAGAAAUAUGGAGAUGAGGUCCACACGCAAGCAGGUUACAUAGAUGAACUGAAUGUUAAGAUCAGGCAACCCUGUUCAAGACUUCCCCAUGACAAGAUGGAUGAAUCUUAUGACCUUUUUAUCAAACGCACUGGAGCGUUUUUAUGGGCAAAUGAAGUGUGGGGUGCUUUGCGUGGGCUGGAGACCUUCAGUCAGCUUGUCUUCAAGGGCACAAAUGAAGAGCUUUACAUAAGAGACACAGUCAUCAACGAUUACCCACGAUUCUCACACCGUGGCAUCCUUCUCGACUCAUCAAGACAUUACCUCUUCAAGGAAACCAUCUUUGAUGUCCUGGAGGCAAUGUCACAGAAUAAAAUGAAUGUGUUACAUUGGCAUAUUGUGGAUGAUCAGUCUUUCCCGUAUCAGAGCAAGGUCUACCCUGACCUCAGCGACAAGGGAGCCUACCAUCCUACGUUUGUCUACACUCACGAGGACCUGGAUGAGAUCAUUGAGUAUGCUAGAAUGCGUGGGAUCAGGGUCAUGCCGGAGUUUGAUACACCAGGACAUACAUAUUCUUGGGGUCUUAGUCGACCAGACCUUCUCACUCAGUGUUACCAAGGAACCCAUCCAGUCACAGGCUACCUGGGACCCCUCGAUCCAAGCAAGAAUGAGACAUACCGUUUCCUCAAGAACCUUUUUAAUGAGGUGCUCCAUGUUUUCAAGGAUGAAUAUAUCCACCUUGGAGGGGAUGAAGUCCCCAUGACUUGCUGGUCAUCUAAUCCUGAGGUGCUUCAGCUGUUGAACAAGUUGGAUGGAAAACCAGAUGAACCAAUCAACCUCCAGAAUGUUGACCCUUACAUGUACAGUUACGACAUCCGGAAGGUCCUUGAGUUCUAUGAAAAAAGACUGACACAGGAUUUGAAGGAAAUCGGCCGACGAAGGAAGAAUGGGGUACGAUUUGUGAUGUGGCAAGAGAUUAUGAACAACAAUGUACAGCUGCCCAAUGACACCAUUAUCCAGAUUUGGCAAGGAGACAUGGGUGAUGUCCAGCGUGCUAUAGACAUGGGUUAUAACACACUGUACUCAACCUGCUGGUAUCUUGAUCUCAUUGAGUACGGUGUUAAGUGGCCCAAGUAUUACAACUGUGAUCCAGCUGACACCAGUAUGGGGUACCAGAUUGAUGAAAAGAAAGUUCUAGGAGGCGAGGCCUGCAUGUGGGCAGAAUAUGUUGAUAAUGAAAACCUCAUGACAACAUUGUGGCCUCGAGCAUCUGCCGUGGCGGAGAGACUGUGGAGCAGUAAGGAUGUGAAGGAUGUGGAUGCUGCCGGUAAACGUCUGUCUGAACAUCGUUGUCGUAUGCUGAGUCGAGGCAUACAAGUAGGAAUGAUCAGUGGUCCAGACUAUUGUCUCCGACGAGGACAUCGACGCGACAGAGACAAUUCGUCAAACUGCUCUGUCGGUCACUGCUUCCAGAGCAAGGACACUGUCCAGAUAGAAAAGAUCAACGUCCGUGUCCAACAGAGAGGUCACAAUCUUCCAGUACCAGACUGUAACCAGAUCAUUUCUCAAGGAGGAAACAUGAUCACCAUAGCAAUAGUGAUUGCAGUCUUUAUCGUAGUUGUGGUCAGCAUCAAAGCAACAGGAAACAGAAUGAUGCAAGGACGGUUUUGUCGAAAUAAGAACAUCUUCUUUGCAUUUAUUGUCAUCAUUCUCAUUUACUUCAUGUGUUCAACAUCACUAUGGAUGCAGGUCCUGGAAUUCAAAGGAUCCUUUGAAAAACGUGUGAAAUCAUCCUACUCUGACAAGGGUUAAAUACCAUGUUGUGUUAUAUUUAUAUUUUGAAUGGCUAUUUAAAACCAAAAUAUUUUAACUAUUCAUCUGAGUUAAUUGUUUUCACUAAGGAUAUAGCCUAGUCAUUUAACUUCCUUUAUUUUAU